AAUUUGCAAUCUCAUGAUUAUAUUUUAUGUGUACGUAGUUAAUAAACACGUAUGCCCCUUUCAAUUUUGUUGGGUGCAUUUACAGAGUUAACCUCACCAAACAAGCUAACCUAAAAAUACAGCGGGAAUUAUUAUGCUGUGAUAUGUUGUGAAAUUUACCAGAAUAAUUCAAAAUUAGAAAAGGACAGAUCAAUGGGAAUGAGAGGUGGAGGAAAUAGAGCAUCUCAAGCUUUAUAUAGGCCAGGAAGUGGACCUCUUCGAAAAUCGGGCAGAUCUACAGAUGAUUUAGAUAAUGAAAAUAUCUCACAAGAAAAACCUAAAUCAAGCUCCGUCCAACAUCGCUUAAAACAAUCACAACUCAAUAGAUCUAAUCAAUCUCAAAAUAGUCCCCCAUCAUCUCAAGUUGAAAAUGUAACAGAAAAAUUGAAUGAUUUAAAUAUUAACUACAGAAGCAUUACAAAUAUUGAACAGGCACAAAGUUCUUCUCAAAAUAAUCCUGGAGAUUCAAGAAGAAAAAUUAAAAAACCAGAACAACAAUUAUAUGUACCAAAAAAAGUAAAAGAAGCAUUGGCUGAACAGGAUGUAACAAAUAGAUCUCCCAAUCAAGGAAGUUGGGAACGGGAUCAAGAGAGAGAACAUAGUGAAGAUCGUGAUUCUCAUUCCAAUCGUAGUCAUAAAAGCGAUAAUCAACGUAAUCGGUCGAGUGGUCACAUUAGAAGAGAUAGUGAAAGUGGAACUAAAAAUCGAGAUGAACAUGGUAAAAGAUAUUCGGGUAAUCGUAGAAAUCGUCACGGAAAUGAAAAUGAAGAGCGUUGGCGAUCUGAUUCUCCUUUAUCUAAUAGAGGUUAUGGAAAUAGAAAAGAUAAUUCUCGUGAAAUUAGACAGGGCUCAGAACCUCUUUUUGUAACAACGAAUCAUUUAAAUGAUUUUAAUCGCACUAGAGAUACACGUAGUGUAGAACCUGCUGGACAUGCAGAAAAGUUUCAAGGCAAGCCACCAUCAGGCAAGUGGGGUAGUGCAAAAGAUAGUUUGCCAAAAAAUAUAAAAAUAGAACAUUUACCACCCAGAUUACAGAAAAAAUAUCUUUUGGAUAAUGGUUUACCUUUACCACCAAGUUCAUCACCUUCAGAAGAUUCAUGGAGUAUUAAUAUCUCAUUUCAGGCACCAUCAAAUUAUAAUUUUCCACCUGCAAUACAACAUUCUCAAACAAUGCAAAAUUUACCUCCAUCUGGUCCAUUACCUCCACAAUCUAACUGGUCUAAUACAGCACCAUCGCGAACUAGAGGUAGAGGUAGACUUAGACCGGAAGAUUUAGAAAGUUCAACGAACAUUUUUAGGUGUGUUACACCUGAUCAGUAUUCAGCUCCAAGUUCCAGAUCUCAUACACCAAGUCAAGAAUAUAUGCAAAGAUCUUACGAUCGUCGUGGCAGUAAUAGUACUAUGUACACUAGUAUGGAAAGUUUAAGUCGAGUAGAUAGUUCAGUGUUGCCGUCAUCAGCAUCCCCAGUUAUCUCAGUAUCAAAUGUGAACAAACGUCAAACAUCACCCGAAAAUCAUCGUCGGGGAAUAUCUCCGUCUGCAACUUUACAUCGUACUCAAACGCAAAGAAUAAGUAAUACAUCUGACCGUAAUAUAACACAAGAAAAGAAAAACGAUCAACAAAAUUCAAGUAUCAGUUCAUUAAAAAAUGAAAUUGUUAGUAUUACAUCAAAUAUAUCGGCUGAACAUCCAUUCGAUUGGAGCGAAGAAGUAGAAUUAAGUGAAAAACUGGAAGCUGAGCGUGCAAGUCGUAGUUCAUCUGUACUGAGUUUACGUGAAAAUGUUAAUGUAUCAGGAAAUGAAACAACAAGUAAUCAUAGUCGACGUAAAAAAAAAAAGCGUGAAAAGAAACAUGCAGCAGAUCGUGGGAGAAGUAACAGCAGAGAUAAAACUCGUGUUAAUAGUCGUGAUCGACAAAACAAUCAACAAAAUAGAGAAAAUGAUAACUAUAAUAAUAAUCAAAAGAAUAGUAGCAGUAAUAGAAGAUACGAUCAUAGAAGACAUCGCAAUAUUAUACAGCGUAGCCGAGAAUCUAGUAAAGAUAGAAAUUAUCGUGGUGGUAAUCGAAACUUUGAUGACCUUCAUAGACAUAGAUUAUCUGAUCGAUAUUUAGAUGAGAAUUGGAGAACAGGUAGAAAAAUGUCAAUUUGUGACUCUGACGAUGGACGACAAACACCUAAUAUUUCUUCUCAUUCUAUCUCGUUGUCAAAUACUUUAUCCACACACCAAACAUCUCCUAGUGGAUAUACCAGUUCUCAACCACCAGGUGUUUUAGUGUUACCCGAUACUAGCCAAUCUCCGCCUAGUCAUCCAGUUUCGAGGCAACAAGGAACACAACAGCAAAGAACGUUGUUUGAUCCCAAUAAUCCUAAUAAACCUAUUGUUAUUACUUCACCCAGUAGUAGAGCAGUAGUACAAAGAGAAACUGAAACAAUAUCUCAAGGUUCGACUAUACCAGUGUUUCAAUCCCAUGGAGGUAUUACUUCUACUCAUCAUAGUUUUCAGGGAGCACAUUUAGAUGGUGUACCACCACCAUAUAUGACAAAUGACCAAUUUGGAAAUAUAAGACCUUCGUGGUAUGAUCCUUACUCUGAUAGUUUCCGAUUAGCCAAAAAUCCUUAUUUACUCUUGGAUAUAGAACGUGCUGAUUUAGAAUUGCAAUGGAUAUUAAGUUCCGGUGGUUUUACAUCAAAUUGGGAGAGGGUUUUAUAUAUAAGACACUUUCUACAAGAAAGUUUAAAAACUUUGCUCGAGACUGAUAUUAAAUUUUGCCAAGCUGAGAAUGUUGAACAACAUUUUUGGAAAAUACUUUUUUAUAAUAUGAUUGAAAUGCUACGAAAAGGCAUGCCUAAGGAAAGUUCUGAAGGGCGAGAACAUUAUAAAAAAAUUAUGUUACAAAUUAUUGACGAUGGUACUGUAUAUUUAGAGAGUUUAUUGACUGUCCUUGAAACCAAAUAUGAAUUUAAAUUGGAUACAUUUCUUGCAUCGUCAACUUUGCCUAAGGGUCUUGGGAUCUUAGGUUUAGCCUUAGUAAGUGCGCAAAAAAUAUAUCUAUUUUUGGGCGACUUGGCGCGAUAUAGAGAACAAGCAAAUGAAACAAAUAAUUAUGGAAAAUCUAGACAAUGGUAUUUAAAAGCACAACAACUUAAUCCAAAAAAUGGAAGGCCCUACAAUCAGCUUGCAUUGUUAGCACAUUAUGCUGUAUAUUAUUAUAUGCGAUCCCUUAUGGCAUCUAAUCCUUUCCAUUCCGCGAGAGAGAGUUUAAUAGCACUUUUUGAUGAAAAUAGAAAAAAGUAUCUACAUUAUUAUGAAUCAACGGAACGGAAAAGGAAAGAGGAGAGAGAAUGGAAAGAACGGGCCAGAAUGAAAGAGAAAGAAGGAGCGAACAAUAUUGGUGGAGGACUAAGGAGAGAAAUUUGGGUUCAUCCUGGUGGAAGACGAGUUCGUCGUACAACUACUGCAGCCACUGCCAGUGAAGCGAGAUUAUCUCAUAGUGAUUUAGAGGAAUUGGCACAAUUAAGCAGUGUCGAGGUGAAUAAACGAUUUGUCACAUCUUAUCUUCACGUUCAUGGGAAACUGAUCAACAAGAUAGGAAUGGAGACGUUCCAAGAAGCUGGUGUUCAAAUGUUGAAAGAGUUCAGGGCGCUUCUUCAACACUCGCCACUGCCUCUACCCGGUACACGACUUCUUCAGUUGCUGGCUUUGAACAUGUUCGCCAUCGAGUCGACCCAGCUGAAAGAUUCCCAAAUGGAGCAAGGGUACCGGUCUGAGGUCCAAGAAAGGGCACUGGUCGUAUCCUUACAGAUGUUCAAUCUGAUUUUAGAACGUGGCGUGUCCUUGCUCAAGUCUCAGUUGGACAGCGGCGAGGAGCCAAGGAUGGUUGUUAGCGAGGACAUGCAAGUCCUUUUACCAGCUAUCAAGAUCUGGUGCGAUUGGAUGCUCUGUCAUAGUACCGUCUGGAAUCCGCCGCCAUCUUGCACGGACUACAGAGUCGGCCCACCCGGGGACGCGUGGAGCAGGCUGGCCACGAUGGUGAACUUGCUGGAAAAAUUGAAUUACUCCAGAAUGAUCCUUAUCCAGGCCAAGGACGCGGAGGGUCGAGAAGACGAACUUGAAUUGGUAAAACUGCCGGAAGACAUGACUUUGGCAGGAUUCACUCCGUUGAUGUCAAAUCCUCAAGAUCCUUGUUACGCCGAGAAGAACGAAGAUAUGGAAGUCGCUCAAGUGUGUCUCAGGAUAAACAAGAUUCUGUUCUUCGGCCAAGUGUUCCUGUGCGGCCUCGAGACACCGGUAUUGAAGUUGCAAAAGAGCGAAACUGGCGUAAGCGAGUACGUUUCUGUGGUAGAGGCUUCGAGCACAAGUACGCCUAGUUCACCACCGGAACAGAGCGACUCCGAGCUUCUGGUAGAAAGUUACAGCGAGGGUGAGGACGAGCCUGUAUCCACCAUGAGGAGAUUACCCUUGUGCACAGACGUACCUGACGAUAGCACCGCCCCCGUGGCUGCGGUCGAGAUAAGGUCGCUGAUCGAGAGAAAAGAGGAACUUGAGAGGCGGCAACGGAAGCAGGAUCGUCACAGGCAACGAGUCCAGCAAAUAUUACAAAAGUCUUCAGUAUCAGUGGAAAUCGAAGUGAGACCUAGACAACUGGUGCCAGAUACUAAUUGCUUUAUCGACUACUUACCGCAAUUGCAAAAUAUCACGAAGGCGGUUUCCGGUGCGCAGCCAAUUUACACGCUUAUGGUACCACUUGUAGUUCUGAACGAGCUCGAGGGCCUAGCAAGGGGUGCAGACGCCAGAGAUUGCCCUCCAGCUUCGAGGGCAACUUUGGAUCCGGAACAUGUGGCAAGAGUGGCUGAGAGCGCGAAAGCGGCUUUGGCAUUUGCAAGAAGCAGAAAUCCAGCGAUUCGAUGUUUAACCACGAGAGGGACUGUCCUUACGUCCAGCACGUUCACGGUAGAAGAGGAUGUUGAUAAGGACGGGCUGACAAGAAACGAUGACAGAAUACUUGCUACGUGCUUGAGCCUCUGCAAGGCGGGUAACAAAGAUCAAGCGAAUGCAGAAGAGGGCCAGCCACGACGACUGAGAAGGGAGGUCGUGCUGCUAACGGAGGACAGGAACCUGAGGGUGAAGGCUCUUGCCAGGGAUGUUCCUGUGAGAGAGGUACCCGAUUUCAUGCAAUGGGCCGGCCUCGGCUGAGACACUUUUCCGACCAAACACACCCGCUAACGAAAAAUCUCCCGUUACCAUCCCCGCCGAGUAAAAAACUUGACCAGCAGCCAGCAGCAGCAGCAGCAGCAGCAGCAGCAGCAGUAGC